AUGGACACUACUGGAAAGGUGAUAAAAUGUAAUGCAGCUGUGGCUUGGAAGCCCAAUGGGCCUUUGGUCAUUGAAGAAAUCGAGGUGGCUCCUCCACGGGCCGAUGAGGUCCGCAUUAAGAUUGUGGCAACUUCACUGUGCCACUCAGACCUGUACCACCUGUACGAGGAAAUGCCCAAAGAUGGCUUCCCUGUUGUGGUUGGACAUGAGGCCACUGGAAUUGUGGAGAGUGUGGGUUCUGAAGUCACCGAAUUCAAAAAUGGUGAUAAGGUGAUGCCUGUGUUUUUCACACAGUGCCGUGAAUGUCACUUCUGUAAGAGUCCAAAGACAAACCAUUGUGUGAAAGCCUGCUGGAUCAUUUACAGUCUGACUGCAUGUGUGUCCAUCAUUUGUAGGAUGUGUACAAUAGACUUCAGGUUCAGCUGUAAAGGGAAAAAAAUUCUUCAGUUGGGUGGGCUUGGUACUUUGGCAGAGUACACUGUGGUUCGACAAAUUAACUUGGCCAAGAUCCACCCUGACGCUCCUCUGGACAAAGUGUGUCUCAUCGGCUGUGCGAUUGGCACUGGAUAUGGAUCUGCUGUUAACAUAGCUCAGGUAGAGGAGGGCUCCACCUGUGCUGUGUUUGGCCUGGGAGCUGUGGGUCUUGCUGCAGUUAUGGGCUGUAAGGCGGCAGGAGCCAAGAGGAUUAUUGCUGUUGACACAAACCCCGAGAAGUUUGAGAAAGCCAAAAUUUUUGGAGCCACUGACUUUGUGAACCCCAAAGAUCACAGCAAACCCAUCCACGACAUUCUGGUUGAGAUGACCGAAGGAGGAGUGGACUUCUCCCUGGAGUGUGUGGGGAAUGCAUCUGUCGUGGAAAGUGCUCUCCACUCCACAGUCCCGGCCUGGGGGGUGAGUGUGAUUGUGGGUUACUCUCAGAUUCAGAGGUUCACAGCUCGACCUGCGGACCUCAUUUCUGGGCGCACAUGGAAGGGGGCGCUGUAUGGAGGGUUUAAGGGUAAGGAUGGGGUGAUAGAGCUGGUCCAACGCUACAUGGAAAAGAAGCUGAUGGUGGAUGAGUUUAUUACACAUAACAUGGACUUGUGUCAGGUCAUGGAAGCUGUUGAACUUAUGAAGAAGGCAAAAUGGUGAGUGUGUUUUCUCC